AUGAGCCAGCCCCGAGGAGAAAUCGCGAGUAAAAUACGUGAGGCCGCCCAGCGGCGCGUGGAAGAGACUCAACGCAUUCGACAGCUGCGGCAGGAGCGACGCGAGGAGCUGCAUGAGAAGGCAGCAGAAGCUAGUGCGUCUAGCCCCUCAGGAUAUAUCCCGUAUAUUCUAAUUGCUCUUGUCUUCUUGAGUUUCCCCUUGUCAGAGCCCGUUGUGGAUUGGGUGUUAGUCGGCUGCUUCUUUCUGCUGAACGGAAUGUGGACCCUCUUUUUCCGCUCCUCAUCAUGGCUUAAUUGGGCGAUGCUGGUUGUGUUCAACUUUGCAGUGGUGCGUCUGUCUAUUAUUAUACCUGAACUCCCGAGACUCAUCAAGAAGGUGCCGCCAAGUGCUGCUGCCGUGUAUCUGGGCGCCAACGUUGCACUCUCUCUUUGUGUGUAUUAUGGAUACGUCGAACGCCGAGCGCCGUGGACCGCGCCCAAGACUCGUCAGGUGAAAAGGUCAAAGCGGAAGGACAACUCCGCUGCCGAAAGCAGUGAGACGCUAGAGGAGUUUGCGGAACGACGGGAUCGCUUGAAUCGGCUUGAUUUGGGAGCUUCGGGUGUGCUGCUGAGCAACUUGGUUGCCCUGAUUGCGUUGGGCGUCAUCCCGCUCGAAGCAUUGCUGCAUUCAGCACGUCAAAUUAUUUCAUUUCUUCGGUAG